UUAUGGAAAAAUUGGAGGGAAAGGAUUAAAACAAAUUUUCUUCCAUAGGUUUAAACUCUUAACUGAAACUACUAAACCGGAAGGCAGAGCCAUUUGAAGUUCUACAGCUCUGAGCCUGAGUAACAAGCGGGUUGCAGAGCUCAACUUUGGUGCUUCAAUGGCGGAUCCGCUGAGAAGCCGGAAAAGGGUCUACGGCUUACGCCGUGCCUCCGACGGAAGCGCGUUCGAGAAAUGUGAUUUCUGUGGCGUUUCGUUUGCCAUCGCCCUUGCUGACAUGCACGAGUGUAAAGCUAAAACAGAACAUAAAAGGCUCAAAGCCGCGAACCAGAAUCGAAACCCUAGAAUACUGAUCGUUGAAGACCAGCCCAGAUCACCAUUUUGCUGCUUCAUGGAAAGCUUUCGGAAAACCCAUAAUUUUAAUUAUUUGGAAGAAGACCGGAAGGGGUUCGAGACAUGGAAGAACAUGACACCUGAGGAGAGGUCCCCUUUUGUUCUUCUAUCGAAAAUGGUGGAUUUAAAAUACGACGAAGUUUUGCUCAAAGAAGUGGACGAAUUGGAGUUUCAGGCGGAUGAUGAGGCAGAUUCAUUGGGGUUUGAAAAUUUUGAUCUGAAGGACCAUGGAUUCUCCAACGGCUGGGACAGUAUAAACUCUGAGGGAUUUGAUAGCUCUGAAUGGAGUCAGGAAUGAUGUCAAUUUAUGUGUUACUUGACAAACGUCCAUGGAGAUAAGAAGAUGUUUGGAAAUAUGCAGUUUUUUGAGCACCUUGGAUAAUCUGGAGCAAUUCACUUGUCUUACUCCAGGUGACAAGGAAAUCAAGUGGAAGGAGUGGGCUCUUAUUAUCCUCUCCUACCAGGCAAGUCUUUUGGCUAUUGUACAGUAACAUUAGGCUUCUGACCCAUUUUCUUCUCUUUUUACUUUGUGGUUUGGGGAGGGGGGUGAAUGUGGGCUGAUAUACCAAACUCACUGCAAAUGGAAUUAGCAAUUUUUUUGGCUUCAUUUGCUUUUGUAGGGAUGUGGGUACAUGGACUCCCAUUUUGCACUCAUAUAGAGUUCAUUCAAUGACUGAAUCAUACCUCAGCCUUGUUUAUUUUAAUCAGAAAUGAAAAUUUUGCUUGUUUGUUUUAAA